CGCAAGCCCCGGGGACGCUUCUAUGCAACGCGCGCUCCGAUUCUCUUUCUCUGCGCACACUUCGUCUGUGUAUCGUCGUUAUCCGUGUGUGUGAAUACGCUUUUCCGAGCGUCGUCCUUUCGACGUGAACCGUCGAAAAUAUUCGGACAGCGUCGUGCCAGACAUUACGUACGUUGAGGAGGAAGGAAAAAAUAGCAGCAGCAGCGUCGUCGGCUCAGUGCGGGCUUCGGAGCCGGCUCGAGGAUAUUCGCACACGCGCAACUGCUGCAAAGGCUUGAAUUUCGGAUCUCGUCUCCCGUGCGCGUGCACACACGAUACGCCUAUAUAGGUAUACUACAGAGGCAAGCACGGGCCAGCUGCUCCUUUGCCGCGAACCGGCGAACUGCAAGUGUAUGUGUAUAUUAUAGAUAUUGCCGCAGCGCCCGAAUGAUAGGCCAAACUAGCUAGAAGAAGGAUUCACUCUUCCGGAUGCCUGGUGACUGCAGCCAGCCGAAGAUGUCGUACGCGAACCGAUUCCCGCCUAACAAAAACACGCGCUACCGCAGCAGCUGGGGCCCGAGCAGCUCGUCGCCGGCCUACCACGAGGUCAAAGUGCCCCAGCCGUCGGACGAGGAGGAAAAGUACGCCGAGAUCUACCAAGAGAGUCUGCUGUCGGCGCAGGCUCGCCAGCUAGUGCCCCUCCAGGAGGAUCUUGCUGACUGGAUCAACAAGAUGCUGAAUAUCGACCAAUUGACCGUGGAUAACUUUUUCGAGACUCUCGAUAAUGGAGCUUUACUGUGCCGCCUGGCACGCCACAUACAAGGAAAGGCCCAGGAGGCUGUCGAAUCUGGCAGAGCUUCAGCGCCUAUACCGACGAUAAGAGCACGCUGCUGGGAACAGGCCGCACGGGGUAGUUUUUUCUCCAGGGACAACAUGGAAAACUUUAUACAAUUUUGCCGAAAGCUCGGCGUUCACAAUAAUCUCUUGUUCGAAAGCAAUGAUUUGGUGCUGCACAAUCACAAGAGGCACGUAGUGCUUUGUCUGCUGGAAGUUGUGCGACUGUCGUCGAGGAACUUCCAAUUGGAGCCAUCGGAUCUCGUGCAACUGGAGACGGAAAUCGAGGCCGAACAGGAGCUUGAAUUGCACUGCCUCUCAGACAGCGGCAUAUCCCACAGCAGUCUCGUCUCUUGGCAGUACCCUGAGGAACCAGCCUCGCCGACCGACGAGUGUCCCGAUAAAAUGAAGCACAGCAGCUCGGCAGUCGAGAUGUCGACGGUCGACAACAGUUGGCUGGACGACUCGAGGAGGACGCCACCACCGGUCGAGCACGAGUCCGAGCUGCGUCGCUCCGUGAGCGACAACGGGCCUCGGGCAGGCAGCGACGGAGUACCCAGCGACACGACCGAGGACGACUGGUCUCGGGGCAGUGCCGACGAUCCCGAUGAGGUUCUAUCUCCUUCGAGCUCCCCGUCGCCGUCAGCUUCGGAUGUGCCCGAUCACAUGGGACCCAUCACAGAACUCGACCGACGGGUACGAAGAGCUACGGAGGAAGUACAGAAGUCAUGCCAUUGUCUGACGGGCAAGUGCAGCAAGCUAAAAGUGAGGAAGGUCGGCGAGGGACGCUAUCACAUCGCCGGUCGCAACGUUUUCAUAAGGCUGCUGAAAGGCCGACACAUGAUGGUACGCGUGGGCGGCGGCUGGGACACGCUGGAGCACUUCUUGUCGCGGCACGACCCCUGCCAGGUGAGAGUGCUCAGCCGAGCGAGCACGCCGACGACGCACCACCAACAGUCGCACAACUAUCGCCACAGUCUGAGCCCGCACCCGUCCGGGGCGCAGUCGGGCAAUCACGCGAGCAACAGCUUCCUCCACAUACGCGCCAAGUACCGCAGCAGUGCACCAAACACGCCCGCAAACAACUCCUACUCGAGACGCUAAUCCAGCUCCUUUUUGUGCUACCUUCUUAUCCUCUCUCAGCCUCCAACGCACGCGAGACGAGCACCCGCAAUUGCACAGCGGCAAUUGCGAUCGAUCAAUUGUCAUUUAUUGCUGCACCGAGUCCAUCCUCUCUCGCCUCCAUCCAUCCGUUCCAUGUUGUUGUUAAUCUAUCUGUUAUUGUUGCGUAGUCGUGGGCGCGUUGUUGUGUUUUUUUCUCGGUGCUCGCGGACGCCACGACGCCGCCAAUGUUGAUUAGUUCUAUACCCGAUAACUUUCCCAGUUUAUCCAUUAGCACAUACUGACGACGACCGAGUUUCGCAAGUUUUUCAGAGUCAACAAUGUGGAUGGAGAGCGUCAGCUACUACGCAAACUGCGCUGCUUCGCCUAAUCGAUGCACUUGUGUAGUAAUCUUGAAACUUCACAUUUAUGUUCGCUCGAAAGUGUCAAUUGUAAUGAAAUAUUCUUGCUCGAGGUAUCAAGAAUUUUCAAAAAUGUAUGCUAACGUUUUGAUCAAACAAUCACUUCACUGCUAAUUAUACAGAUCACUAUUGUAUUUUGCACUAUUAUUGUAUUUUAUAGUUCUCUAACACCGUAAGCGUUAUCGCAACAAUUUGAAAUACCUCGAUAAAAGUUGUUAUGCACACUUGAAUGUAUUAUCGUGUUGGAGUGAAUGCUGUAUGUAACAAACGAUGGGAGAGUAAGUAGUGCGAGCGUAAAAGAAGCUUCGAGCAAACGAUGUUUUGAUUUAUCAAAAUAUUUCCUUAGUCAUGCAGCGGUGUGCGGCGAAAAUAUGCCAGGUUGCACAUUCGAGCCAAUAUCGCUUUUUAAUCGUGAUUUCGCGACGAAUCACGCAGCAAUUUAUCUUGGAGCUUUAAUUUUCUUGCGCGUGUCCUUUUUGGCGAUCAACUUGGUAACAAGUUACAAAAACGUGCGAUAAAAACCAAAAAUUAAUUCAGACAAUUUUUCCGAAAAAUCUUGAUUUAAGAUUACAAAUGAUUAAUGUAGAAUGCGAAAAUUGAUAGAAUGUACAAAAGCUCCAAGUACAAGCGUAUUUUCCUACAAAUAAUAAGUUUUCAACAAUAGUUAAUGCAACUACCGUUAAUUAAACAAUACUGCCUUUAUGAUAUUGUGCAGUUAUCAUAGCUUGAACAUUUUAAAACUAUAGCUGAGUACUAUUUUGAACUAUAUAAAGAAGGAAAACGUGAACUAUAAACUGACUUUGAACGAUUAAAGUAAUUCAAUGUCAUAAUUGAUUAAUCAUUGAUUGAUACCGAUAAUCAAAACUAAUAUUUAACUCUCACUUGCGAGUAUUUUGCUAAUUAUCAAAGUAGAAAGUAAUUUCGAGAAGAUAUUGUAAUUACUUGAACAGAUAGAAUUAUAUAUUUUGUACUUUUGUAAUACCUUUUGACUAAGUCGCUAUGUAAAAAAAAUCGCGUCAAUAUUCAUGAAUUGUAGUUUUUUCAUGGAUAUUUGACAGAUUCGUGCCUGGACCUGAGGAAUACUAUGAAUUUUUGAUUGUUCCAGAAAUGCAGAGGCUCGAUAUUCAAAGGAAUGCCAAAGCAGAGAAUCAUUCGACAAGUCCUGUCGGCGCGCUGAACUAAUCAUUGAUAAAAUAAAAAAAAACUAUUUUCAACAAUUUGUUGAAAGUAUGUUUUUUAUACCCGGUUUAACAAGAAAUAUGACUAUCUAACCGUUCAUGUACAUUUGUAUUUCCGAUAUGAUUAUAAUUAGUAUAAUGCAUGAUUAUACUUGAUUCGAUUCAUUUAUAAUAAUUAGUUAGAGCAAUGAUAAGAAUAAGGAUUCUUACCAUCGAAAAAAUUAUUUUACAAUUAGAAAAUUACUAAUUCUAAUGCUGUGAAUAAGUUUAUAUGAUUUUUCGCCAAUUUUUUUAACUUUAACUUUAGAAAAUUACGCUUAUGUAAGAUAUGCAAAAGUCGACUGCAAUAUUGAAGUUAGCUAAACAACGUCCAACAUUCGGUUAAAAUUAUAAAAAAAAAAUGAAUUCUCUGCUAUUAAAAAACUAGCUCAUAAGGCAUAAUUAUUUAUAAUAUUUUUCGCCAUAAAAUUAUAUCCUAAUUUAUUGCUAAAUUGUAAAGUUAUUCUUACUAUGAUUAUUGUACCUGCUUAUUGUAUAUUCACAUAAGUUUAUAUCAAUUUUUGCUUAAGUAAGUUUAACAGCUGUAAAUGCUAUUGUAUUUGUACCAUAAAAAUUAAUUUCGAAGAUAUUUUGAAGUUAUAUUGUUACCUUUUGUUGAAAAUAAAAUGUUUUAUUGAGAAAUAA